GCGGGCAGGGCGAGCGCCAGAAGAAGCAUUCCAAGCCCUAGGUCGGUGUUGUCCCCUCCUGUGCACCCGAUCGCCGCUCCCUUCCGGCCGGACCCGGAGAGCCGGUUUCACCCGAGCUGCCACCAUGGUUCAUCAGGUGCUCUACCGGGCUCUGGUCUCCACCAAGUGGCUGGCGGAGUCCCUCCGGAGUGGCAAGCUGGGGCCCAACCUGCGGGUGCUGGACGCAUCCUGGUACUCACCGGGCACCCGGGAGGCCCGCAAAGAGUACCAAGAGCGCCAUGUGCCCGGCGCCUCCUUCUUUGAUAUAGAGGAGUGCAGGGACACUGCGUCGCCCUACGAGAUGAUGCUGCCCAGCGAGGAGCACUUUGGGAACUACGUGGGCCGCUUGGGCAUCAGCAACGAGACGCACGUGGUGGUGUACGAUGGUGACCACCUGGGCAGCUUCUAUGCUCCCCGAGUCUGGUGGAUGUUCCGCGUGUUUGGCCACCGCACGGUGUCCGUGCUCAAUGGUGGUUUCCGUAACUGGCUGAAGGAGGGACACCCGGUGACAUCCGAACCUUCAAACCCAGAGCCUGCUGUUUUCAAAGCUACGCUGGACCGCUCCUUGUUGAAGACCUAUGAGCAGGUCCUAGAGAACCUCCAAUCUAAAAGGUUCCAGAUGGUGGAUUCACGGGCCCAAGGCCGGUACCUGGGCACAGAGCCAGAGCCAGAUGCAGUAGGACUGGGCUCGGGUCACAUCCGGGGCUCGUUGAACAUGCCCUUCAUGGACUUCCUGACCAAGGAUGGCUUCGAGAAGAGCCCUGAGGAGUUGCGCGCCAUGUUCCAGGCCAAGCAGGUGGACCUCACGCAGCCCCUCAUCGCCACCUGCCGCAAGGGCGUCACCGCCUGCCACAUCGCCCUGGCUGCCUACCUCUGUGGCAAGCCUGACGUGGCCGUCUAUGACGGCUCCUGGUCGGAGUGGUUCCGCCGGGCACCCCCGGAAACCCGUGUGUCCCAGGGGAAGGGCGGGAAGGCCUGAGCAGCCCUGUCCUCUGUGCACUGUGACACCCGCCCCGGUUUAGUGACCUGGCCUGAGCUGUGGCCUCCUUAGGCACAGGAGACUGAUGCACUUUUUAGGGUUUCUAUGCAGAGCUUGCCGAUCCCCAAAACACUGGAAUAAAGUGCCUUUUCUGGGGA